AUGUCUUUCUUCUGCCAUCCCUUUAGACCAUUCUUAACGCAUGCUAUUCUUGAAUGGUUUGUUGAUGGUCACAUCAAGUGGCUGCAGCUGAGAAACUCACAGUUAAACGGUGUAGAUCGCAUUCUCUCCUGUGAAACCAGUUGCAGAAACCUCAACAUGCCUGUCUUUGCUCCAUACCUUACUCCUGAACAGGAGGCUGAGCUGAAGCAGAUUGCUUCUGCCAUUGUUGCUCCAGGAAAGGGCAUCUUGGCAGCUGAUGAGUCUACUGGCUCAAUGGGCAAAAGGUUGUCUGCCAUUAACUUGGACAAUACCGAAGAAAACAGGAGAAAGUACCGUCAACUACUUUUUACCACUGACCCUGAACUCUCCAAGAACAUCAGUGGUGUAAUCAUGUUUCAUGAGACUUUCUACCAGAAGACUGACAAUGGAACUCCAUUUGUGAAGGUUCUUCAGGACAAAGGCAUCAUUCCUGGUAUCAAAGUUGACAAGGGUGUUGUUCCAUUGAUGGGUACCUUCAAUGAAUGCACCACUCAGGGUCUGGAUGGAAUGUCUGAACGUUGUGCUGAAUACAAAAAAGGAGGUGCCCAGUUUGCCAAAUGGCGCUGUGUACUGAAGAUUGGACCUCACACCCCUUCCUACCAAGCUAUGAUGGAAAAUGCUAAUGUUCUUGCUCGUUAUGCAAUGAUCUGUCAACAGAAUGGUCUUGUGCCUAUUGUUGAACCUGAGGUACUUCCUGAUGGUGAACACGAGUUGGAUGUUGCUCAAAAGGUUACUGAACAAGUUUUGGCUUUCACCUACAAAGCAUUGGCUGAUCAUCAUAUCUUCUUGGAGGGCACAUUGUUGAAACCCAACAUGUGCACUGCUGGACAUGGUUGCGAGAAGAAAUAUACCCCAGAAGAGAAUGCCUUGGCUACUGUGAUAGCCCUCAGGAGAACAGUCCCAGCUGCUGUACCUGGUAUCACUUUCUUGUCUGGUGGUCAGUCUGAAGAGGAUGCUACCAUCAAUUUGAAUGCCAUUAACAACUGCCCACUCCUUAAACCUUGGGCUCUCACCUUCUCUUAUGGACGUGCCCUGCAAGCCAGUGUAUUGAAAGCCUGGCAAGGCAAAGAUGAGAAUAUCAAGGCAGCACAGGAACAACUUAUGGUUAGAGCAAAGGCCAAUGGUGCAGCCUCUGUGGGAAAAUAUGGAGGUGGUGGUGGGUCUGCUGCUGCAGCCGAGUCCCUCUAUGUCAAAGAUCACGCUUAUUAA